AUGGUAGUUACUAAUGGACAACACCCUGAGGAGCUGGGCAGUCUCCCUCAAGUGACUCAACUGUAUAUUUCUAUUGAUGCACCGAAUAGUGAGAAGCUGAAGAAGGUGGACCGGCCUCUUUUCAAAGACUAUUGGGAGAGGCUGUUGGCGUCAUUGGAGGCAGCGGCUGAGAAGGGGGAUAGUCAAAGGAAAGUGGCGAGAUUGACGUUACUGAAGGAUGUUAAUGAUGAGGACAUAUUUGGCUACGCCAAGUUGAUCGAUUUGAUGAAGGCUGAUUUCAUAGAGGUGAAAGGGGCGACCUACGCUGGAUGGGAUCGGGAUGCUACGGGAUUAACGAUGGCCAACUGUCCGUAUUUCGAUGAUAUCAUCAAUUUCGCACAGAAAAUAGAAUGCGAGUUGAGUCCUACCAGCCCUCUUCGGCUUUGUGUUGGGUGGGGAGUAUGCCCUGUUGGCCGUGCAUGA